AUGUACUUAUCUGUGCUCGACGGAGCAGUAGGGUGUGUUCUAGGUCAGCACGACGACUCGGGAAGGAAAGAGCAAGCCAUCUACUAUCUUAGCAAGAAAUUCACGCAGUAUGAGGCUAAUUAUUCGUUUAUUGAGAAAAGCUGCUGUGCUUUGGCAUGGGCAGCUCAAAAGUUAAGGCACUACCUGCUAAGUCAUACUACCUAUCUCAUCUCCCGCUCCGACCCUCUGAAAUACCUCUUGGAGAAACCGAUGCCAACUGGACGUCUUGCUAAAUGGCAGAUGAUUCUUUCAGAGUUUGAUAUUGUUUUCACUUCGCAAAAGGCUAUCAAGGGACAAGCUAUAGCCGAUCAUUUGGCAGAAAAUCCAAAGGACGAUGACUAUCAACCGCUCCAUACCUAUUUCCCUGAUGAAAAGGUUUUAUUUGUUGGUACCGUGGAAGAUAUGAGCGAGCGGUGCCUUGAAUGGAGAUUGUUUUUCGAUGGUGCAGCUAAUUCUUUUGGAGUCGGAAUAGGAGCAGUUCUUGUAUCCCCGGAAGGGAAGCAUUACCCUGGAGCUACUAAAUUGCAAUUUGCCUGCACAAAUAAUAUGGCCGAGUAUGAAGCAUGUAUUUUUGGUCUUAAAAUGGCUUUGGAAAUGGAAGUUAAGGAGUUAAUAGCCUUCAGUGAUUCAGAUUUACUCGUGCACCAAACAUUGAAGCAAUGGAUAACCAAAGAUUCAAAAAUCUUGCCAUACCACUGUAAUUUGCUCAAUUUGGCUCAACAAUUUCAAAGUUUGGAAUUCAGACAUCUCCCACGAGCCCGAAAUGCAUUUGCAGAUGCCUUGGCCACCUUAUCUUCUAUGAUACAAUAUCCAGACGAAUUAGGAAUCGAGCCUAUCCAAAUUCAACUCCAAGACAAGCCUGCUCAUUGUUGGGUAGUAGACAAGACAUCUGACAAAAGCCCUUGGUACAAUGAUAUUAAGGAAUUCAUCAAAAUCGGGUCUUACCCUCCAGAAGCUAGUGCAAAUGACAAGGGUUUCCUGCGCAGAAUGGCCUCGAAGUUUUUCUUAAAUGGAGAGGUAUUAUACAAAAGGACCUCAGAUUUGAACCUCUUACGGUGCAUCGAUGAAGAUGAAGCUCAAUACAUGAUGAAAGAGGUGCAUAGCGGUGUCUGCGGACCUCACAUGAAUGGACAUUUGUUGGCAAAGAAAAUCAUGAGAACCGGGUAUUUUUGGCUUACAAUGGAACGCGAUUGCAUAGAUUUUGUCCGAAGAUGUAUUAAAUGUCAAGUGCAUGGCGACAUCAUACGCGCUCCUCCCACCGAGUUGCACAGUAUGAUUGCUCCAUGGCCCUGCUCGAUGUGGGGUAUGGAUGUGAUUGGCACAAUUGACCCUCCUGCUUCAAAUGGGUAUCGAUUUAUAUUGGUGGCAAUUGAGUACUUCACCAAAUGGGUCGAAGCGGAAUCAUUCAAGCACGUGAUGUGA